AUGUUGAACAAAGCAUUACGUGUGCAAGACAUCGAUGUGCUCUUUGCCUUUCGCUUCUUCAUUACAGACUUACAUAAACAACUAACAGAUCUUCACGCUCGAUCACAUGCAUCACCGAUUCUCCGAGUUUACCGUGCACAAUAUGCCUCUGCUGAUGAACUUCAUCGAUUACAUACAUCUGUUGGUGAGUUCAUCGCGAUGAAUAGUUUUCUCUCAACGACUGUCGAACGUACAAAAGCAACGACAUUUCUUGCUCAAAACGAUUCGACUUCCGACCAACUACAACAUGUACUUUUCGAAAUCGAUAUUGAUCCAUCACUCGAAACGAAACCUUAUGCUGAUAUCACGGCUCAUAGUUGCUAUCCAGAAGAGCGUGAAGUUCUAUUUAUGAUUGGAUGCAUCUUUCGAAUGCGAAAGAUUUGGCGUGAAGGCAACUUAUGGAUUGUCCAACUUGAGUUAUGCGCCGAACGGGAUCAUCAUUUUGCAACGAUGUUCUCUUUUUUGCAAGAAAAGUUGGGUGAUGAAACGGAUCUGUGUUCGUUCGGUAAUCUCCUAUUCGAAAUGGCCGAAUACGAGAAAGCCGAAAGUUACUAUCAACGUUUGCUUAAUGAACUAUCAACAACAGAUGGAAAGACGGCAGCCGCUUGCCAUCAUGGUUUGGGUGUCAUAGCCAAACGACGAGGUGAAAUUGAUCUAGCCAUUCGUCACCAUGAAAAAUCUCUACAACUCAGUCGUGCUGUUCCCGACAAUGAUCAAGCUGUGGCUGCUAGUUUACACUCAUUGGCCAAUGAAUAUAAGGAAAAGGGAGAAUUUGUCAAAGCACUCGACUAUUACACUCAAGCGCGGGAGAUUAAGUUCAAUCUGGCAGGACGGGAGACGUCUGAUACCGCAUCAACCUACUAUCAUAUCGCUCGCCUCUACGAAAAACAAAAGAAAUAUGACGAUGCCUUGAAGUAUCACAAUAAAGCACUAGAGAUUCAACGCGAAUGUUUGCCAUCAGAUCAUCAUAGUAUUGGGAAGACUUAUGGUUGCAUAGGAAGUGUGCACUUUAAUCGUGGUGAUUAUAUUCAAGCCCUUCAUUUUUAUGAACAAUCACUUGAAAUCAAACGCAAAUCGCUACCAUCGACUCAUGAAUUCAUUGGUAUUUCACAUCAUGAUCUCGGCGCAGUCUAUGAACAUAUGCACAAGUUCUCAUUAGCACUUUCAAAUUUAGAGAAGGCACUAGAAAUAUAUCGAUUAACAUUGCCACCAACUCACCGUCGUGUUGUCGAUGUCGAAACUUCAAUAUCUCGUAUAAAAGAAAAAAUGAUAGAGUCAAAUUCUGUAUGA